AUAAAGAAAAUGUCCCUCCAAACCCCCCGCGUCCUCCCCGCGCACCUGCACGCCUUCCACCCAUCCAGCGCGACCGGCGCGCGAUCCACAAACACAGUGCGCCUGCUGGGCACGGUGACGGCCCUGCGCGGCGACACGGCGACGAUCUCGUGCGGCAACAACGGCGACGUCACGCUCAUCCUGAAGCCCGACUCGCAUCUGCAGAUGGGCAAGCUGUUUGAGAUUGUGGGCAAGGUUACGGAUUAUGAGGGGGGUGUGGGCGUUAGAGUCCUCGGGAGCUUUGAUUGGGGGAGUCCGGAGAAGUGUGAUUACGGCAUCUACGAGAAACUAGUCGAUGCGACGCAUCGCGUGAAAUCGAUCUAUUACGACGAAUAAGGAAUGAAUGACGAAGAUAUUGGACUAAAAUUGAAGAAGGGACCUACAAUUAGUGGAGUUCAAGUUGUUUCCCAGUCCUGUACUAGUUGAUUAGGACAUUUACAUUUCGAGUUAUAUGCAGAUACCAGAAUAAAUUCACGUCGUAUUUAUCU